CUAUCCAUACGCUCGGCCCUAAGACUCUUAUCUCCAUUUCCAAGUUCUUAUGGAUAGACUCCCUUACAUAUAAAUCCAGAGAAGAAACUCUUUCUCCCUCCCCAAUCUGCAGAGUUGAGUGCUUUUAAUCCGCGGAAGAAAAGAAACACGCACAAACAGGAUAGAGCAAAACCCUUCACAAGAAAUAGGAAAUGGCUACAGCAUGUAGCACGCCAACAUCAUCUCUGAUGUUACCUUACGCCGCCUCCGCCGCGCACCCACAAGACCUCACUCAAUCCCUUAUCUGGUUCAAGCCCAAAGCUCCGUGUUUCUGCCCCUUGGCUUUGAGUUCUUGUUCCGUUGGGAGGAGAAAAUCAGGCAAACGGGUCAAUUUCGAUGCUCGCAGAGAGGCCAAAUUCGGCGGUCUCCGACUAGUUGUGGCCGCUGUGGCCGCGGAGGCGGAGGUGGCUGAAGGAGCGGGGGCAGAGGCUGAGGUGGCGGGAGAGGGAACUGGUGGUGUGCCAAUUCCCACUGUGGCUCCUGCGAAGCCCAAGACAGGAAAGGCUGCAUUGCCUUUGAAGAGAGACAGAGUAGGAUCCUGUAUACCCUGAUAUUUCGUCUGCAAAUCGUUGUCCCUAUGCCAAAAGACUCGUCCAUGAAGUUUGGAAAUUCUUGGAGUUUGGUGGAAUUUGAGUUGUGAUCAUCAGCUGGAGUUACUCUCUGGUUUUGUUAUAUAAUUGGGUUUAGUGAAUUCACUACAUGGAUGUUGUCUCUGUGUAGGACUGGUUUCCCACUUCACUGCUGUUUGUUUUAUCAGAGUGUUUGAUUGUUGGGGUUAGAACACGUUGCUGUUAAAACUGCUUUAACCUUAGACUUGAAAUUCGUUGUUUGAUCCAGUUGGUACUUGGUACUGGUUGCGGGUUGGUGUCUUUUCUUUGCUUUCAGUAUGUGACAUGACAUCCUUUUGUUGGAAACUGCAGACGAGAUCUAAAAGGUUCUUGGAAAUUCAGAAACUGAGGGAGAAUAAACAGGAGUAUGAUGUGAAAACAGCAGUAUCUUUGCUGAAGCAAAUGACGAAAACAAAAUUUGUAGAAACAGCUGAAGCACAUUUUCGGCUUAACAUUGAUCCAAAAUACAAUGAUCAACAGCUAAGGGCAACAGUAAACUUGCCUAAAGGAACUGGACAGCCAGUGAAAGUUGCUGUUCUUACGCAAGGUGAGAAGUUCGAUGAAGCAAAAAAUGCAGGAGCGGAUUUAGUUGGUGGGGAAGAUUUGAUAGAACAAAUCAAAGGAGGAUUCAUGGAAUUUGACAAAUUGAUAGCAUCUCCAGAUAUGAUGCCUAAGGUUGCUAGCCUUGGUAGGAUCCUGGGACCUAGAGGACUCAUGCCAAACCCAAAAGCUGGUACUGUCAGCACCAACAUACCCCAGGCAAUAGCUGAAUUCAAGAAAGGGAAAGUGGAAUAUCGAGCAGAUAAAACUGGGAUUGUUCACAUACCAUUUGGAAAAGCAGAUUUCUCCGAAGACGACCUCCUCGUCAACUUGCUUUCUGCUAUUAAAUCUGUAGAAGCAAACAAGCCAUCUGGUGCGAAAGGAGUGUACUGGAAGAGUGCUCACAUAUGCUCAUCAAUGGGUCCUUCCAUCAAAUUGAACAUACGGGACAUGCUUGAUUACAAGCUUCCAUCGAGCAUCUGAUUACUGUCAGACACCUGUAAAUGAUGCGAUGCAAAUAUCUCUUUAUGGGGCUUGAGCCUUGCCAAGUUAAUGUUUCGUAGAGAUGAUAGGUAGAUAGGAAAGUGAGGCUAGGCAUGCAAAGCAAACGAACAGUUCACUAAAAGAAAGCGUCUACUUAGAGGCUUAUAUGUGUCUUCACCAUGCUCUGAUUGUUAGUCGCUUCUCGCUUUCAAUCUGUACUUUAUGCAUUGCGGUUCUUUUCGUGUUGUGCUCCUUCAAAUUGAUCUCCAUUUCUUAACUUAUAUUAUCCCAUUUUUCAAAUAAGACAUUUAUUACAUAUUUUUGAAAUUAUUGGACAAAUUUGACCUAUAAGACAGUUGACUGUCAAAAUUGACGAUCAACCUUUUUUACCAUCAAUGACUCGACAUCCGUCGCUAUGUAACAUAGAAGCUCAAACUGUAAUCAUUUUAGUUGCUUAA